AUGCGGCCAUGGACUGGUUCUUGGCGCUGGAUAGCGCUGGUCCUGCUGGCCUGGGGCACGUUGCUCUUCUACAUCGGCGGUCACCUGGUGAAGGACAGCGAACGACCCCCUCGUUCGAGUCGCGAGCUCGCCAAGAUACUCACCAAGCUGGAGCGCCUCAAACAACAGAACGAAGACUUGCGUCGUAUGGCUCAGUCGCUACGGAUACCUGAGGAUCAGUCUGAGGGGGCCCUGGCUGCAGGGAGGCUGCGUUCUCUGGAAGAACAGCUGAGCAAAGCUAAACAGAAGAUCCAGAACUACCAGAGACUAUCUGGAGAUGUGGGACCGGGACGGGAGCACGAGGAGCUGAGGAGAAAGGUGGAGAACGGCAUGAGGGAGCUCUGGUAUUUUGUGCGCAGUGAAGUGAAGAAGCUGGGACACGCUGGCGCAGCUGAACGACAGACACAAACAGACGUGUUUCUGCAGGACCUGGGUCACCAGCAGAGGUCCAUUAUGACUGAUCUAUACUACCUCGGCCAGGCAGAUGGAGCCGGGGACUGGAGAGAAAAAGAGGCCAAAGACCUCUCCAAUCUGGUGCAAAACAGAAUCUCUUACCUCCAGAAUCCACAGGACUGCAGUAAAGCAAGGAAGCUGGUUUGUAACAUUAACAAGGGCUGUGGCUAUGGCUGCCAGCUCCAUCAUGUUGUCUACUGCUUCAUGAUCGCCUAUGGGACACAACGCACGCUUAUCCUCGAGUCGCACAACUGGCGCUACGCUACCGGGGGCUGGGAGACCGUGUUUCGACCAGUCAGCGAUACGUGCACCGACCGCGCCGGGGCCUCCACGGGGCACUGGUCAGGUGAGGCUCAUGAUCGUGACGUGCAGGUGGUGGAGCUCCCCAUCGUGGACAGUCUCCACCCCAGGCCCCCAUACCUACCCCUGGCCAUCCCUGAAGACCUAGCCGAACGUCUUCAUCGUCUCCACGGCGACCCCUCUGUCUGGUGGGUCUCGCAGUUUGUGAAAUACCUGGUGCGUCCACAGGCCUGGCUUGAGAAAGAGAUCAAAGAUGCCAGUGUCAAACUGGGCUUCAAACAUCCCAUCAUUGGUGUUCAUGUGAGGCGUACAGAUAAAGUAGGGACAGAGGCGGCUUUCCAUCCUAUAGAAGAGUACAUGGUACACGUGGAGGAACAGUUCCAGCACCUGGCACAAAGGGCUCAUGUGGACAAAAAACGUGUUUAUCUGGCCACAGACGACCCCUCAUUACUGCAGGAGGCGAAGACCAAGUACCCAGAUUAUGAGUUCAUCAGUGACAACUCCAUCUCGUGGUCGGCGGGCCUCCAUAACCGCUACACUGAAAACUCUCUCAGGGGAGUGAUCUUGGACAUCCAUUUCCUCUCACAGACUGAUUUUCUUGUCUGCACCUUCUCCUCACAGGUGUGCCGCGUUGCUUAUGAAAUCAUGCAGACUCUUCAUCCUGACGCCUCAUCUUUCUUUCACUCGUUGGAUGACAUUUACUAUUUCGGCGGCCAAAACGCACACGACCAGAUUGCCAUCUACUCCCACCAGCCGAGGAGUCCCGAGGAGAUCCCCCUUGAACCGGGUGAUGUUAUCGGAGUGGCCGGAAACCACUGGGAUGGUUACUCCAAAGGCAUCAGCCGCAGAUUGGGACGAACCGGCCUCUACCCCUCUUACAAAGUGAAGGAGAAAAUUGAGACUGUGAAGUAUCCUACGUACCCCGAGGCCGACAAACUGAUGGCCUCGUAA